UGACACGGGGCUGCGCUGCGGAGAGAUGGAGAGCUGAUGCUGGGUUACUUAACUUACGCUCCAGAACGGCGGCACCAGCCCCGGUCUGCACCGAGGGCGGCUGUCGCAGGGACUCUGGGCCGUUGUCAUGGAGGGCGGCUGUUCCCGCAUCCGCCGGCGGGUGUCUGUCCGCAAAAGGAACCGCGGCAGCCCAGAGAGCCUCGGUGCCUCCCCGACCCGGGCCGAGCUCCAGGCCACCGAGGACACGGAGGACGAAGCUGCAGCCGAAAGCCGCCGCCGCCGGAAAACCGGGAGCCCGGAGUCCGCCCAGGGAAAUGACAGUGAAGAGGAUAUGUUUGGUGACUAUAACAGCUUUACAGAAAAUUCCUUCUUAGCUCAAGUUGAUGACCUGGAACAGAGAUAUAUACAACUGUCUGAAUGUGGGAGCCAUGGCGUCAAAGACAGCCUCGGGGUUGCUGCUGUGAACGACGCUGCUGACUCUGAACCUAGAGAACACAUAAGGAAGCAGACUGAUCAAGGCAGCCCUGCUGAACCAGAAGCUGGAGAUGAUCUUUCUUUUGAUGUGCCUUCUUCUCAGAUUUUGUAUUUUGAAAACAUGCAGAACUCUUCAAAAGCUUUGGGUGACCAGUCUACUAAGGAAAGAGACAGAAGCUCACAUAAGUCAUCAAAUGAAGAAUUGGCCUGCAACCACCUAGAGCAACCCCGGCAAAAUGCUGACUCCUCUAACGUUGGGGCUUCUUCAGAGACAAACAGGAGAAAAAGCAUUAAAGACCGUCUGAAAAGUGCCAUGGCCGAGAACGCCAGGGCCCAGGCCCCAGUAUUCCCCAGGAGUAAACAACUCAAAGAGACGCUCCUGUCUGAGGAGAUCAGCGUCGCUAAGAAAGCCAUUGAGUCACCAUCAGAUGAUCUUGGUCCCUUUUAUUCGCUGCCCAGCAAAGUGAGAGACCUUUACAUUCAGUUGAAAGGAAUCAAAAAACUAUAUGACUGGCAGCAUACAUGUUUAACGUUAAGUUCUGUGCAAGAAAGAAAAAAUUUAAUAUAUUCCUUGCCAACGAGUGGCGGAAAGACCCUUGUGGCUGAGAUCUUAAUGCUGCAAGAACUGCUCUGCCGACAGAAAGAUGUUUUGAUGAUCCUUCCGUACGUGGCAAUUGUCCAAGAAAAGAUUUCUAGUUUGUCGAGUUUUGGGAUAGAACUUGGUUUCUUUGUUGAAGAAUACGCUGGAAGCAAAGGAAGAUUCCCUCCGAUUAAAAGGAGGGAAAAGAAGUCGCUGUAUAUCGCCACCAUCGAGAAAGGGCACAGCCUGGUGAACGCUUUUAUCGAAACCGGAAGGAUAGGCACUCUGGGUCUGGUCGUCGUCGAUGAGUUGCACAUGAUUGGUGAAGGGAGCCGUGGUGCCAUACUGGAGAUGACCCUGGCAAAAGUCCUCUACACCAGCAAGACAACUCAGAUUAUCGGCAUGAGUGCAACAUUAAACAAUGUAGAAGACCUGCAGGCGUUCCUUAAAGCCGAGUAUUACAGCAGUCAGUUCCGACCAGUGGAAUUAAAAGAGUUCCUGAAAGUAAAUGACACCAUCUAUGAGGUGGACAGCCAGGCUGAGAACGGCAUGACCUUUUCCCGGCUCCUGACGUACAAGUACUCUGAUGCCCUGAAGAAGAUGGAUCCCGACGGCUUAGUGGCAUUGGUGACAGAAGUUAUUCCUAACUACUCCUGCCUGGUUUUUUGUCCCAGUAAGAAGAACUGUGAAAAUGUAGCAGAAAUGUUGUGCAAAUUUUUAAGCAAGGACUAUCUAAACCACAGAGAGAAAGAAAAAUGCGACGUGAUUAGAAGUCUGAGGAAUGUGGGCCACGGCAAAGUGUGCCCUGUCCUGAAGCGCACUGUCCCUUUCGGCAUUGCCUACCACCACAGCGGGUUAACUAAUGACGAGCGGAAGCUUCUGGAAGAGGCCUACUCCAAAGGUGUGCUCUGUCUCUUCACCUGUACGUCCACCCUGGCAGCUGGGGUCAACCUGCCUGCAAGGAGAGUCAUCUUAAGAGCUCCCUACGUGGCUAACGCGUUCUUAAAGAGGAAUCAGUACAAGCAGAUGAUCGGCAGGGCUGGCCGGGCGGGGAUAGACACAGCCGGGGAGAGCAUCCUUCUGCUGCAAGAGAAAGACAAGCAGCAGGUCCUGGAACUAAUAAACGGACCGCUGGAGGACUGCCACAGCCGCCUCGUUGAGGAAGUCACCAAGGGACUGCAGAGUCUGUUUCUCUCCUUAAUUGGCCUGAAGAUUGCAGCCAGUCUUGGUGACAUAUAUCAGUUUAUGAAUGGUACACUUUUUGGUGUUCAGCAAAAGAUUUUAUUGAAAGAAAAAAGUCUCUGGGAAGUAACAGUUGACGCUCUUGAACACCUGACAGAGAAAGGACUUCUACAGAAAGAUAGCCACAAGGAGAAGUUACAGUGUCACUUCCGGAUUACAAAGCUGGGUCAAGCUUCCUUUAAGGGAGCCAUUGAUUUGGCCUAUUGUGGCACUCUGUACAGAGACUUGAAGAAAGGUCUGGAAGGACUUGUGCUGGAGAGCCUUCUCCAUCUGGUCUACCUAACCACACCCUACGACCAUGCUGCUCAGUUGGAGCCUGACUGGAUGGUGUACUUCAGGCAGUUUAGUCAACUCAGCCCAGCAGAGCAAAAUGUAGCCGCUCUUCUUGGAAUCUCCGAAAGUUUUAUCGGGAAAAAAGCAUCAGGACAAGCCAUCAGAAAGAAGGUGGACAAGAACGUUGUCAACAGACUCUAUCUGUCUUUCGUCCUUUAUUCCUUGCUGAGAGAGACCAACGUUUGGAGUGUGUCUGAGAAAUUUAACAUGCCCCGAGGAUACGUGCAGAGCCUGCUUAUGGGAGCUGCCUCGUUCUCCUCCUGCAUACUGCACUUCUGUGAGGAGCUGGAGGAACUGUGGGUUUACAAAGCCCUUUUGGUGGAACUCACCAAGAAGCUGACAUACUGCGUGAAGGCGGAGCUGAUCCCUCUCAUGGAAGUGACCGGGGUCCUAGAGGGCCGAGCAAAGCAGUUAUAUAGCGCAGGUUACAGAAGUGUCACGCACUUAGCCAAUGCCAACCCAGAAGUGCUGGUGAAGACGAUUGAUCAUCUGUCCAGAUGGCAAGCCAAGCAGAUUGUUUCCUCAGCCAAGAUGCUGUUGCAUGAAAAGGCAGAGGCGUUGCAAGAAGAAGCAGAAGAAUUACUAAGAUUGCCUGCAGACCUCCCUGGGCUUGGGGGUUCCAACUCUGAAAGGACAGGAGGCCAUGCUGGGGACGUGACUCUGAGCUAGGGCGUUUGCCUGAGAUGCCUCGGGCCCAUGUUAGAUCCUCAGUACCUCCAAGAAAGAAGAAGAAGCUGCAGUGCUGAGACCUGCAUGCAGUGAGCGCCUGUAAUCCCAGCACGUGGGAGGCAGAGGACGCACAAUGCGUGUCAGAAGUCCGCUCCAACUACAGAGUCAGAUGCUAGCCUGGGCUGCGGGAGGGAGUCCCUGUCUCCAAAAGGGAAAAAAAAAAACAUGAAGCUGUCUGAUGUAUGUUUUUUAAUUUGACUUAUUUAUUAUAUAUAUAUCUUAUUGAAAAUCCCCUAUGUAAAUGAGAUAUGUAUUUUAAUUAUACAUUAAAACCUGUGGGUGAGCUUUUA